AUGUCCGCAGACUCCUCCUCCUCCUCCUCCGACAACCCCCUCCUCCCCCCAUUCCCUCCCGCCAUCGACGCCCUCCGCGCCUCCCAAAAGUCCUCCUUCGCCUACCCAACCGUCAAAGACCGCCUGCCCAUCAUUCUCACAAAGUGCGUAGACGCAGUCUCAAAACAACUCCACUCAGAGUCCUCCUCUUCGUCCCCAACCUCCUCCUCCUCACUCAAACACACCCAAGGCAAAGCCGUCAUCUCCGACAUCUCCAAACUGAUCUAUGAGCUCCAACGCGAUCGCCCUUUAACCCCCUUCACUGACUCCGAGCCCGACGUCGACUUAUGGAACGCCUGCUUAACCGAAUUAACGCAACAAGAAGGUCGACAACCCACUUGGUUUACCUCCCCCUGGUUGUUUGUCGAGUGCGCUAUGUAUAGGAAACUACGCGAGAUUUUUGGGACGAGGAGCGAGUGGAAGGAGUUUGAUGUGUUUAUGGCCGGGCAGAAGGAGCCGGUGUUUUGGGCGUCCGUAAAAGGGAUGACGGAGUUGGCGGGAUAUUUGGAGGAGGUUAGGGAGAGGCUUGGAAAGGGGAAGGGGAAUGGCAUUGGGGACGGGGAUGUGAGGGCGGUGUUGGAGGAGUUUAUUCAGUUCUCACUCUGGGGCAACCAAACGGAUCUCUCCCUCCUGCAAAAUGUUGCUCACAGCAGCAUGCACACCCUCCAGACGUCCUCCGCCACCGGCCUCGACGCCAUGCGGGCGCAUAUCAUCGUCGACCACACAUCGGCCGUCAUCGAUCAUCUCCUCACUCCACCCUCCUCGCCUUCUCAUCGUCGCGUGGAUAUCGUGUUGGAUAACGCUGGCUUCGAACUCUUCGCCGACCUCUGCCUCGCCGACCUCCUCCUCUCCACCUCCCUCGCACAUCAAAUCACAUUCCACUCAAAACACAUCCCCUGGUUCGUCAGCGAUACCACCCCCGCGGACCUGACCUACCUCCUUCACCACCUGUCGCCGGGAUCAUCACCCUCGGGGAGUUACACACCGACGAGGGAGAUGGAGACGACGGUGGAGCGGUGGAGGGGGUAUAUCCGCGACGGGCGGUGGGUGGUUCGGGAUGAUGGGUUUUGGACCACCCCGCUGCCGAUUUGGGCACUGCCUACAACGCCCAGUGCAACCGAAAUGUACACCGAUAUGUGCACAUCACAUCUCUGGAUCCUUAAAGGGGAUUUGAACUACCGGAAAGCGGUUUACGACCUCACUUGGCCGACUACCACGGCAUUGGGCGUGGCGUUGGGGGGGUUGGUCGAAGGGAUGGGGAAGCAGACGCCGCCGGUGGUGCUGUUGAGGACGUGUAAGAGUGAUCCGGCGGUUGGGUUAGCCGAGGGGCAAGAGGGGCAGCUGGAUAACAAGGAUGGGGAGUGGAGGGUUAAUGGGAAGUGGGGGAUGAUUCAGUUCCAUCGAUAA